AUGACAGAUCUGAGUGUAAUGAACGCCAAGGAAGAAAAGAGGAAGCAUCGAGGGGUAGCGGAUGACUGCAUCACAACCCAAAAUGACACAGGGGCUGUUUACAUCAGACAGCUGGAAGAAGCCAUCGACGCCGCAGCUUGUCGCUUGGUAGAUGACGUCACUUAUACUGACUAUGACGUCACGGAUGGAGAAGAGUUUGAUUUCAUCGUGGUGGGAGCAGGGUCCGCUGGGUGUGUGGUGGCCAACAGACUCUCGGAGAACCCCGAUUGGAGAGUCUUGUUGCUGGAGGCUGGAGGGGAUCCCGAUGUUACCACUGAAUUUCCAGCUUUCUCAGGAUCCCAGUUCAACACUGAUCUAGAUUGGCAGUUCUUCACCGAACCACAGCCUUCCAAUUGUUUGGGAACGAGAAACAAGAGCUGUCCAUGGUCUGCUGGAAAGAUGAUGGGAGGGGGAAGCUCGGCCAAUGCUCUUCUCUAUGUUAGGGGAAAUCCUUUCGACUUUGAUCGGUGGGAAAGCAUGGGAAACCCCGGUUGGGCAUACAAACACAUGUUAUAUUAUUUUAAAAAAUCGGAAGAUCUUAGGUCUGUAGAAGUUUUAAAUAACCCAAAUUCUUUCAAAUAUCACAACAGAGGUGGUUACUUGAAAAUUGAGUCCUUCAAAAACGAUAUAACAUUUUUCAAACAAUUGGUCUCAAGCGGAUUUAGAGAGCUAGGGCUUCCUAACUUUGACGAUGUCAAUGCUGGAAAUUACGAAGGCCACUUCAUUGUACAAGGCACAUUAGACAAUUCCAGAAGAUGUAGCACUGCAAAAGCGUUUAUACACGGCUUCCAAUCAAGGUCGAAUUUGAAGAUCUCAAAAAAGUCCCUUGUGCACAAAGUUCUCAUAGAUAACAAUAGACGAGUUACUGGAGUACAAUUUUCAAAGAGUGGGAGUAUUUUAACUGUUAAAUCUAAAAAGGAAGUUAUACUGUCAGCAGGUGCCAUAAAUUCUCCUAAGUUGUUGAUGUUGUCCGGCGUUGGCCCUCAAGAACACCUAAUUGAUAUGGGGAUCAAAGUUAUACAGAACCUUAAUGUUGGGUAUAAUUUACAAGAUCAUGUAGUUCUACGAGGUUUUCUUAUCAGUAUUGACAUUGCACUUUACGAAGGCGAUAUAAUUGACAGUACGUUUCAAUUCCUAAUCAAUGGCAAAGGUGAUUUAACAGGCAUAAAUCUGUUCACCAUCCCAGGUUUUAUCAAGACCUCCCAUGCAGCAUACCCGAAUAUACAGUUAUAUUUUCUUUCAAUCCCGGUAAACUCCACGGCGAAAACCAAAGCACUUGUUGAAUCCGCUUGGUAUGAUGAAAAAAUUACUAAUUCAGCCAUUGAAAUAAACAAAAAAAGAAGUGUUAUGUUUAUCACUCCUUCUUUGUUGCGUCCUAAAAGCAGGGGAAGGAUUUUACUGAGGAGCCUCGAGCCUGAAGAUAAACCUCUUAUAUACCCUGGAUAUUUCACAGUAGAACAAGAUAUCCUAGACUUAAUCGAGGGAGUAAAAUUUGUCACUGAAUUGACGAAAACGAAGGCGCUGAAAAAUUUCGGAGCAAGAGUGGAACGUCUUGACAUUCCUGCGUGUAACUUAUUUGUAUUCCAGACCGACCCAUACUGGCGGUGCGUCAUCAAACACCUGGGCUCCUCCUCUUACCAUCAAUCGGGGACCUGUCAGAUGGGUCCUAGAGAGAACAUAAAUGCGGUUGUAGAUCCUCUCUUGAGAGUGCACGGGAUCAAAGGUCUGAGAGUGGUCGAUGCAUCCAUCAUGCCUACAAUCACCAGCGGCAAUACUAACGCUCCCACGAUAGCUAUCGCCGAGAAGGGAGCAGAUCUCAUCAAACAGAGUUGGACAAGAAAAUAAAAAUAUAAUUUACUACACUGAUCUUUAAAUAUAGUGUUGCUGUUUAACAAUCCCAUUUUCAACAAUCUAUCAUGUGUUUGCCUGUUUAUAUUAUGGUAAUUAAUUAUGUAAGCUUUUUGCCAUUAAUGAACGGGUAUGGUCCGUAAAUGCAUUGUAACGGGAGAAUCCAACUAUUGAAGCUAGCACAUUGGUCAUAUCUUAAAGUUACAUUGCUAUAUAACCAGAGAGCACACACACAUCAUAAAGGAGCAGAUCGUCCUUAGACAUCCAGCGAAUUUCUUAUGAUUCGAAAAGCUAUAGGGAGAACUUGUCAUAUCACUACGGUCCUUAAGUUAGGUAACUAUCAUCACCUCUCCCAGCAGUUUCUCUUUUCUGUGAGACCAGAUGAUUUGCGAUGUGGGUAGCUCCACAAAGGUUGCAGGGAAAUUGUCAGGACGUGAAUUUUAUGGUGGCACAUUUAACGAAUGGAAUACAGGCCUAUGCGUUCUUCAACAUAAUGUUUGCUCUGCUAGUGCCUUUAAAAUUUGUUUGAUAGUAUAAUAGGGUCAUUAUUUUUUUUGUUCAUACAUAUUUUAAAAUGUCUCCUCAAUAAUUUCCGGCCACCAAAAUUUCCGCCU